GUUGACAAGUGCUUUAUGUACAACCCACAUGAUAUAUUUUGUCAACGUAACACGCCGUUUUGUUUGCCUCAAGUUUACAACCAUAAAACACCGAUAACAAACAGGAAUUUAAAUUUAGAAAGACAAAAUUCACGUUUUGACCUGGAUUAAUUUUGUGAUGUUGAGACUACUUGUUUUAAUAACAAUCAUUUCCGGUGUUAGAACGAGAGGCGUUCCAACAGCAGACGACAAUGCGGAAUUGGUACCCAAAGGAAUCAAAACGGAUCGAAAGGACCACUCGAGCGAAUAUUCCACCUUAACGGACUGUAAAGACUGUCUUCAGAACACAGAUGGAAAAAAUGGUGAAGGUAAAAUUUUACUUGAAGAUGAAAGUGACAAAAAUGAUGUUGGUAAAGAUACUGAAAACAUUUUGCUCUCAAGACCGAAACCUCAGAGAAGUAGGGCAGUUAAACCUUCCCUUACAUUCCAUAGGAUAAAUAUUAAUGUGAAUAGAAACAGAAACACUUACAGAAAAGAUUAUCGUAAUAGCAACAACAGUAAACAGCGACAUGCAUCUAGACUGAAAGGACAUAAGGAAGGAAAGUUUAACAAUGCACAUCAUAAUACAACAGUUAAUGCUCAUACAAGAAGGAGCAAUGCUAAAGCUGAUAGUAAUAAAAGUGUAGGACAAACAACAACGCUUUCCCAAAAAAUAAAAACCAAGAAUACCAAAGACGUCACAAUAUAUAACGCAAAGGAGGAAAACUCCAAAACCAGUAAAGCUCAAAGUAUAGCAGGGAAAGACAGAGAUAGCAAUCAUCGUACAGAAAGCGACAACAAUCACCGUGCUAAGAACAGAGACAGGACAGAUGUCAGCUCGAAAAACAAUGCACAUGCAGUGAACACCGAAAAUGCUUAUGUUAAAACUGACGAAACUUUUAUUGCAAAAUCGAUUGAUGACAAAAAUGACGAGUUAUCACUUCAUAAACAAGAAAUAAACUCAAAAUCAAAACAGAAAAAGUUGUCUGACAGUAAAGGUCUUAUAGAUAAAAGUCAAUUAUCGAAAAAUCAAGAACUGAUAAAACUAAACCCGACUGGCAUUACUAAUUUGAAAUCAAAUGGUAACACUUUAGAUAAAACAUCAACUGAUUUUGGAGACAAAACAUUUAAAGAUACUAAUUAUAAGCUUAUUGAUCACGAUGUAGCAGCAGGAAAUGAGACAUAUAGUGAACAAACAACUGUUUUAAGCUCUGGUAAGAAAUCGAAAAGUGGCAAAAAUGACCAAAAAGAAACAGCCAAAAGAAAAUCAGAAAGUGGUUAUAAUGAAAGAGAAAAUAAAAAGUAUUCGUUGUAUAUUUCCACUGAGAAGCCAAACGAUGAGAAAAAUGUAGAUUAUGUACUGCCGAGGAGGUUGAAAGAUCGAUGGUCCAGAAAAGGUUUAAGUCAGGUUCCGGACGUGGAACGACUGGAACGACGUCUUCAUCCAACUGUAGAUGCCCCAGUCAACGAUAUUAUACGUUCAAUGAAGAACAUGCUCCGUCUUAUUCAGUCAACUCUCUCCAAGGUUGAUAAGGACUUUGUGAUGAUCCAGAAUACAACAAGAUGGAAGUAUAUGUUAGGAGUUAGAAACCAGCUGAGUGAGUUAGCACAGGAAAACGACGGGAUUUAUGAUAUAGUUAUGGAAUCAUCAUUGCUGACUAAGCAGAUAUACCGACAAGCACACGAGCGGAAACAUCCUAGGUCAGACAUUGAAGCCGUGGCUGUAGCAUAUAGAUCCAGGCUUAAUACAAACAUGAACCCUCAAAUACGGGAAAACUUCAACGCUGCACAAACAGAACUCGAACUGGCAAAACAACUUAUUGAUCAGAUCAAUAGCAUACAGAAACAGAAAGACCUUUUGUAUGAAGAAGAGAUGCGAAUACAGCAACUUGCAAGGGACAGACUACCAAUGCGGACGUUGCAUGAUCUACAUAGGAGAGCCGAUCAAACUAUCAGAGUACUGACUGCAGCACAACCACUGUCAAGAUAUGGGGACAGAAAUAAACUUUAUAUGCACAUGAGAAAUGACAGUACUUUAAAUAUGAGAAGAGCAAACGAACUUAUCGUGGAAGGAUUCGACUUAUUGAUGCAUGCAAAACGUGUCUUACUGGACAACCGUAAAAAAGUACAAGAUCAUUCUCGUCUAAUGCGGAAUAGACUACCUGCAAGUUCAGUCUCUGAUAUGCCGUUUAAUUCUGGUAGGAUGGAACUGUUUGUGGCGUCUGAUACGGCCAAUCAUCAUGCAAACAGUUUGGCAGAAACCGCAGCUGAAAUCCACAUGAAAAUCGUGCCACUAAUGAAAAAAGCAAAAGAAGUAAUUGCCAAUAAUUCAGGACUUAAAUUCAAGAAGCGACUAGAACAAUCUAUGGAUGAAAUGAAAGAAACGGUGAAGAAACUUGUUGUUACUCUUGAUGAGAUAAGACUAGUGAUUGGAGUCGAAGAAAUUAUUGAAGAUCGAUGUGAACAUAUAUUGUCGGGUGAUGGAAGAUUUGAAUUUGAUAGAGAUAGCUCAAUCAACUGUGUACCGUAUAUUACUGUCCAGAGUAGUGGAGAUUAUAUAGAUGGAUCAGGAGACGACGACGAUACAUUUAUCGACUUGGAAGCGAAUAUCACAACAUUGUAUAAAAACAUUACUAACACUAAUGCUACUCUUGAUGAAACUUUUAUUGACAUCGAUGAGCCAAUUCCAACAGACACAGUUGUAGAUAUUGACAUAACUGAAUCUAAAGAAUCGUCUAUUGAUAUUGGCAAAGAACUUUCAUCAGUUGAUAUUAAAGCAGACAUAGUAAAUGAAACUGCAAAAGUCUCCCCUAUUGAUGUAGAUAUAUCAAAACCUAAUAACAAUAUAAGCGACAGUGAAAUACCAAAACAAACCACAGAAAGUCCAAAGUCGUCAACAGGCAAAGUCCUAACAAAACAAGCCAGCAAGUUUGAAAUUAAAACUACACCAGUUAGUAAUUUUGUCGAUACCGAUGACGAAGACAUUGCUCAAGAGUUAAAGCGUAAGACGACAAAGACAACACUUGCCACCACUACAACAACUCCCGCUACUACAACUGAUGCAACAAAAAAGCCUGCAGAAGGAUCGGAUGAAGAUCUGUUCUUUGAUCCUUUUGGUUGGUUUAACGAUGAACCGGAUGGAAAUUCAGUAGUAGUUGAUUCUGAAUAUGACAAAAUUGGUUUAACUUCUGUCCUAGUGAACAUGACAUUAAAUGAACAUAUUCGCCAGCGCCUGUAUAACUAUUCACAGGACAGUAAAAUGUUAUUUGAUCAGGCAAAGGGAAAUAAAUCAAAGAUCGAUGAAAUAAGUCUAACAUGGCAGAAGGUUCAGACCAGAUUUGGACAUCUAGAAAACAAGACGCAAAGCGCUAAAUCUCUUAUAAUCGAAUGGAAGGCAAAUAAGGCGUACUUCAGAUCUGUGCACAGCAGAGUUAAAGACGCUAAAAAGGACUUGAGGUUGAAGAAAGAAGUUAUAGAAAAGCAAUGUAAAGAUGCAGUAGAUGUUGCUGAUAAGAAGCAUAAAGAUAUGACAAAACUACAUAAGAAACGAACAGAGAAAGCACAAAACGCUCCUGACAUUAAAGUCGUCAACGAAACAUUUACUCAAGUUAAAGUUGUUUUGGACAAUGUGAAGGAAAUCAACCGUUUGAAACAGCUGUAUCCUAAUCCCUGUAAUAUACUGGAACGACUCGAUAAAAAAAUCCGGACGAAUAUCACAGAACUUCGGCAGAAAAUAGAGAGAGCAAAAUUAAUUGCUUCUACGCUACAGGUUGCAGUAGCGGUACCGAAAAAAGAAUAUCUCGAAUUUCCAAUUACUAGUGAGAACCAACCAUUGACGUCUGAGGUACAAAUGAUGUUUAAACAUUCCGGAUCUGAUGGCAGACUUAUGUCUUUACAUGUCGGGGAAUAUGAGUCAUUGUCGUUAGAUGUGGAGUCAGAUACGCUCAAAGUGGUUCAAACGCUUGAUGGGGAUGAAAGUAGUCAUACUCUGUAUGAGGAAGAAAUUCCAGAUAAAUGGUAUCUUAUUCAAUUACAAAGAUUUGCAGCCAGCUAUAAUUUCACAAUGUAUGGAGAGAAUGGUUUGCUUCGACAAGUAGGAUUCCCAAGUUCUUCAGAUAGCCAAAGGACAUUUACGCCUGAUCUUCAACCAACGACAGUUCGCCUAGGAGCUACAGGAAAUGAUCUGACUGCUUGCGCUUUAGGAUUUGAAAUAAAAGGCAGGAGAAUUAAUAUGUUUGACAUGGCUGAUAAUUAUAGCCUUUUGACUCCGUGUUCAUCUCAAGGAAAAUGGAAGGAACAGCAACUUCUGCUGGAUGGAUCUGGAUAUGCUGUAGUUAGGUUAAGAGAUAUAAAGACAUUAAGAUCAUUACAGUCAAUAAAAAUAGCAUUUAAUCCACGUUCAGAUGGAACGGUUAUUUACCUUCAGCCUGAAGGAAUGUCUACGUCAGUUGAUGUGUAUGUUGAGAAUGGGUUCCUUGUGGUAUUUGUACAUUAUCGUGGUUUCGAGACUAAGCUUAAAAGCACUCUGCAAGUUUACAGUCAAAAUCAUGCUCUUGAGAUAAAAUUCACAAGUGGAAGAACAAAACAAGCUAACGUUAUUUUAAACGGAGUCUCAAACACAUUUAAAACGGCAAAAGGAGGUAAACGCAAGCAUGCGGAAGAUAUUACAAAUAUUCUUCUUGGUGGUCUCCGUGAAGAGAAUAGUUCUAUGGUUGGCUGCAUCAAGUCAUUAGAAGUGAACAAUGAUAUUGUUCCAUUCCAUUACAUAUCUGAAGCAGAGGGCCAUACCUAUGGGUCGUGUCCAGAAACGGAAUGUGUGAUAUUCGACGCUAACAGCAUGCCAAUAGAGAUAACGAACCUUUCAUCAGUUCAGAUGAUACAUGUAUCAAUUGCACGAGGUUCUCUAGGACCUGUUCUACAAUUUUCAAAACACAAAGAGAAAUUUAACUUGGAAAUAUCAUUAAACACAGACGGCAUACAUGUAGAAGAAACUGUCAAUGACAAUUCAGAAGAUUUCUCAUUAAAUGAAGACUCGGAAUUCAUUACUAUUGCAAUAAAGAAUGACUUGAAGUCUAAAAGUCUUGAAGUAACAAUUGAAGAUGAAAGUGAAGACUUUUCAUACAAGAAAGGAGGUGGUGCAUGGGGUGGUUGGGGAGGUGGUGAUAAGGAUAAUAAGAAGGGCGACGAUGGUCCAGUAUGGUACAGUGUUUCUGUAGCAACAGCAUCAGAAGAUUCGCCUGAGUUUCUGGGAAGAGUACAGAACCUUAUUAUAGAUGGAAG